UUUUUAUAUUUUUGUUGUACUUAGAUGUUUGUGUGCCCUAACCUCAAUAUUUUAUAAAUGUUUUAUAACAUGUUUAUAACUGCAUCAAGUUGUUCAGGGUUGCUAAAAUGAAAAUAAACUACUAUAAACAAUUGAUUUUAAAAGCAUUUUAUGAAUAUUAAAGUAUUAUAAGCUUAGAAAACGUAAUUAUGACAAAACGAAAACCAAUAAUCAUAAGCGAUUCAGACUCUGAUAAUGGAUUACAAAAAUUUAGUACAAAAAAUAAACGACGUAAAAAGGGUGGAGUGCAUAAAUCAAACUCUUCAAAUAGUGAUGUGGAAUUAAUUGAAAUUGAUGCACCCCUUAAGAGUAAAGGAUCUGGGAAAGUGGUAGCAGGUACAGGUUCCAAUAAAAGAGAAAAUGAUAAUCCUUUACAAAAUGACAAAAUAAAAAGUAAAAGAAACACUAGAAGUAGAGUACGUAACACAAACAGAGACAGUGAAAAAUCCAAUCAAGUGGAUGUAGUUAUGGACAGUGUUAAAGAAGUUAAGGAUGCUGACAGAGAUGGAACUCAACAGGCCAAUCAAGCUUCACAACCAACUCAAACUAAUCCAUCCAUAGAAACAGCAGAAGAAAUUAAUAAAGAUUCAGAGAUUCAAACUGCUGAAUGUAUAGAAAUGACAAUUGAACAAACAGAUGCCAAUCUAUCCUUAGAAACAAUUGAAGAUGAAGAUUCAGAAAUUAAUGAAACAACCAUUCGACAUAUAGAAAAAAUAAUUGAACAAAUGGAUGCUGAUCAGUCCUUGGAAAUAAUUGAAAAAGGUGAUAAAGAUCCAGCAUUUAAUCAACAAACUGUUCAGUGUUUAAAAAAAACAACUGAGCAAACAGAUGCAGACCCACCUUUAGAAACAAUUGAAGAACGUGAUAAAGUUCCAGCAAUUAAUCAACAAAUGGUUCAGUGCAUAGAAAAGACAACUGUACAAACAGAUGUAGAUCCACCCUUGGAAACAAUUGAAGAAGCUGAUAAAGAUUCAGAAAUGAAUGAACAAACUAUUGAACAUAUAGACAAAAUAAUUGAACAAUUGGAUGGUGAUCCCGGCUUGGAAACAAUUGAAGAAGUUGAUAAACUUCCAAAACCAAAUCAACAAACUGUUCAGUGCAUAGAAAAAACAACUGAACUAGCAAAUGCAGACCCAUCCUUGGAAACAAUUGAAGAAGUUGAUAAAGAUUUAGAACAAAAUCAUCAAACAAUUCAGCACAUAGAAAAUACAAUUAAACAAAUGGAUGCUUGUGUAUGUACUGGAGAAUUAGAAGAACUACUGAAGAAAAAGCAAAUUUACCCAUGGACUCAAUUAUAUCAAAUACAAGAAAAUAAAAAUCAUAAUACAGAUGAUGAGUCAGAAAAAGAAGAUGAAAAUGGAAAAAGGGAUCAAUGCAUUCAAACCAUCCCAGUUGCAAAGCAGUGGCAACAUGUUAUAAAUGCAAUGGAAGAUCCCAGUGGUGUAAUAAGGUAUACAGAUAACCUACUCAUAAUAAAAGAGAGACAACCAAAGGGACGUUUUCAUUAUCUAAUUUUACCAAUUGAGAAUAUGCGAAAUCUCAAUGAGUUGAAAAUGGAACAUAUGCCAUUGCUUAAAAACAUGGAAGAAGCAGCCAAAGAAGUUAUUUCAACUCCCGAACACUUAGAAGAGACAUUCAGUUUUGGUUUUAUAGCAAAACCUACAAUGGUUGUUUUAAGGAAUCAAAAAUUUUUGUGGUUGCACAUGCAUGUCAUAAGCAAAACCCCUAAUUUUGCAUAUAUUACCAAAAAGCAGAUGUGGAACACAUUUCACUCGAAAAUGUUUAUGACCAUACAAGAAGUUAAACAUUUCCUAGCAAAUUCUGGAAGUGUCUCAUUGCCGACCCCCGAAGACUGCAAUUUUUAUUUACAGGACGAUGUAACUUGUAAUCAGUGUGAUUUUAGCUCAACGAAAUUGCCUAAACUCAUACAGCAUAUAAAAGAAGUGCAUUUACAGAAAGGAAAAGGAAAAAUCAAGAAAAAAAGAAAAUAGAGACGUAAUCAUUUGUAUUAAAGAGCCUUCAGAAUCUUUUUUUAAUUUUUUGAGAUAAAUUAUUGUAGUCCAUAAUUGAUUGUUUUUAAUGAAAGUGAAGUGAAGUGAUAAUUUGAUAAAAGAAAUAUAGUUUUCUAUGUUUACCUUUAUAUAUAUUUUUUGUAAUUUUAUGCUUCAGUUCAAAGUUUUAAAAACAAAGUCUAUUUUGUAAGAAAAAUGUUCGAAGAAUUGGAUUGAAUCUGUUUUGUUGUAUCUAGUAUUAAUACCAACAUUAUAUUCUAUUAUUAUAAUGCA